GCCUCUGCUGGGCUGCACUUUCCUUUCCACCCCCGGAAUCGCAGAUAUUUCCGGCACCGCCUUGCCCUGCGUGGGCCAGGGCCGCCGCGAUCCGCCCCGCCGCCAAGUGUCCCCGCGCCUGCCGACUGGGGCCCGGAGCGGCGGUCAAACGUCACGCAGGGGCACGGCACGCCCUAUCCGCUUCUGCAACUGCAGCUGCAACGCGGCGUGCCCGUCGCCGUCAACAGUAUGUCGGUUUCACCCGGACCGAAGCCUAUAAACGCCGCGCCGCGCCGCCCCGCCUCGCCCCGCACCGCCCAUUCCGGCCAUCCGCCAGCGCGCGGCGCAUGGACCACACGCACACCGGCACCAACACCACGCCCGCCGCAGUCACCGCCUCCGCCUCCAUGGACGCCGCGCUGCUGCUCGAGCCCAAGCUCGAGAUGAUGCUGCAGCAGCAGCCCUCGCCUGCGGGCCACUACGCCGCGCUGGACCAUCACCUGGCCCCGCCGCCGCCCGCGCUGGUGGUGCCCUGCGAGCCGCCGCGGCCCCUCGAGGCGCUGCUGCAGGGGCCGCAGCUGCCGCCGUUCCUGUCCAAGACGUACGACCUCGUCAGCGAGCCGCAGCUGGACGGGGUCAUCUCCUGGGGCCCCGCCGGCAACAGCUUCGUCGUGUGGAACCCUUCCAGCUUCGCCCGUGACGUGCUCCCGCACAACUUCAAGCACAACAACUUCUCCAGCUUCGUCAGGCAGCUCAACACCUAUGGUUUUCGCAAGGUUCAUGCUGAUAGAUGGGAGUUCGCUCACGAGGGAUUUCUGCGGGGCAGCAAACAUCUGUUGAAGACGAUAGUCAGGCGCCGGUCCUCGCCGACGCAACAAAGCAGCCUUCAGCCUGGUUCAUCUAUCUUCAGGAAGAUACAGUCUAGCUCUUCUGGUGAGUCCACUCUGGACCCUGAACUGCGCUCCCUGAGAAGAGAGAAAAACGCGCUGCUACAGGAGGUGGCCAGGCUGAAGGAGGAGCACAAUCAGACGAUCGAGCAUAUGAACGCACUGAACCAGAGGCUGGAGACCGCGGAGGACCGGCAGAAGCAGGUGGUCUCCUUCUUGGCCAAGCUCCUUCGGAACCCGGAUUUCCUGAGGCAGCUCAAGAUGCACAGGGAGAGAAGGGACGGGAUCGAUUCCGCCAGAGUGAAGAGGAAAUUCCUGAAGCAUGUGCCGCAUGGCAGCAGAAACUCGGGCGACUCCAGCUCGCCGCGCACCGCAGAGAGUACAUGUUCCCCUGCACAUCCAGUUGCGCACAACGCCAUUGCAGACCUACAGAGUUUUCUCCUGGAAGACACGGACCUUAGUGAUGGCAUGCUGCCGGGUAACUUUGGGCUGGACGGAGUCGAAGCAUCAGACGACAUCGGGGCUUUGGUUCAGGUAUUUGACCAGCAAGAUCUCGGAACCGGGGCCGAGCUGCUUGGAAUUCCUCCAGUUUCUGGUGCUGCUCAUUGUCAAGACCCCACGUUUGGCAGGUCCAAGGGGAAGAAUGUCAUGUGUCCAGGAGGAACGGAUGGCACAUCGUCUCAAGCCGACUGCCUCGUGCCAUUACCGGGCAACGUGGGCAAACUGAUGGAUGCGGAUGGUGAGCAAAUUUGGGGCGCCGAUACUUUUUUUCAGAGUUCUUGCAGCGGCACCAGUCAACAAACCUAUGUUAGUGAUCCCUAUCUAAUGGAGAUUCCCGACAAGCCUGAGAGAUUCUGGGAACUCGAUUUUGAUGCACUGGAUGAUGGAGAUCUGCACCUGGACAAGUGUGUUAUCGGCGACCCUGCUCUUGAGCAACACAGAGGAAACAUGAAGCCAUAGAUCAAUUGCGAAGCGGGGGAGUUGUAGGUCUGAUGCUCGAUCCACCUAUCUUAAUAACCAUACUUAGCUGUGAGAAGUGCCAUAGUUAUUUGAUAUUUAGGAGGCUAGUGAACUCCUGGAUGUGCUCACUAUGGCACUAAGAAUUAGUAGUAGUGGUGGUACUAGUACUAGCGGUUUGUUUUUGUUUUCCAUUCAUUCACCCUACUGUUUUUGAAUGGAAAAUAUUAUCAUGUCAUUUGCUUUGUUUUUGUUUUCCA